ACGCUUACGGUCACAUUUACUCUUCCGUCAGCCAUUUCCUGCUAACUCCGGCGGCGUGUUCAACCGAGCGCUCCGAGGAGAAAUUUUUUUGUACCGUACGCGCGGUUGGUCUGUAGAUCGGCGGCGCUUCCCCUGGCAUCAUGAGUUUGCCAUUAAACCCCAAACCCUUUCUGAAUGGCCUCACUGGUAAGCCAGUGAUGGUGAAGCUGAAGUGGGGGAUGGAGUACAAGGGCUACCUGGUGUCUGUGGAUGGCUAUAUGAACAUGCAGCUCGCAAACACUGAAGAAUAUAUUGAUGGCGCAUUGUCUGGACAUCUCGGAGAAGUUUUGAUAAGAUGUAACAAUGUCUUGUAUAUACGUGGUGUGGAAGAGGAGGAAGAAGAUGGCGAAAUGAGAGAAUAAACAGAUUCCAAACUA